ACAAAAAUGUAAACUGCACUGGUGGAAUCUUUGCGAAACACCAUGUUUGUUUUUGUUGUCUAAAGACAGACAUUCAGCAAUAAAUUCAAACGCCUAAGUACAUGUAUUUGAGUCAUGCGAGUGGCUGUAGAACAACUGCUAUGUCCUUGUGUAAUCAAAAUGAGUCACUCUGGCAGGGAAUUCAUUACAGGAACUCAAGAAAUUGAGCGGAGAUAAAGAGUGGGCGGAGUCAGACUGAGAAACAAAUAUAAAAGGGGGAGGUGUAAAUAUAGUUGUAAGACAUGAGAUCAGUCUGCAGCUGGACUUCAAUGUGAUUUGCUGAAUGAAACGGUCCACUCAAGAACAUGGCUAUGAACUGGAAAUCAUGUCUCACUUUUGUUGUUUCAUUUCUGCUCUUUAAGGUAUCCCACUUUGCAGAGUUUGCGACCACUGUUCCCAGUGAGACCCAGCUUGCCAUCCAGGGGCAAAAUACAGUCCUAGACUGCAGUUUCCCUGUGGACAAACAAUGGGAUCGAACGUGCUGCCAGAUUGAAUGGAAGUUAGACAAAGAGGUGGUCCACAGUUUCUACUAUGGUCAGGACCACCUGAACGACCAGAGCAGUCGCUAUGUCAACAGAACCAGCCUGUACCACUCUGAUAUAGAGAAGGGGAACGCUUCUCUCAGGCUGGAACAUACCACCGUGGGAGAUGAGGGAAACUAUAUCUGUACUGUGCACACAGAAAUGGGCCCAAAGAGGAAAUCUGUAUACCUUAAAUUAGCAGCGUUCUACUCUGAGCCUCGCCUGAAGUUCUCAACAUCUGCCUGUGGUGUGGAGCUACUCUUGACCACCAAGGGGUACCCUCGGCCCUCAGUGCAGUGGCUGACUGUCAGUGGAGAGGACGUCACCAACGACACAGUCACACACCUCUCCCAGGACGCACAGGGCCUAUACACUGUUUCCAGCACAGUAACCCUGCAGGGAGCGGUCAAUAAGACCCUGACGUUUGUCUUAAAGAACAAAGACCUGGGACAGGAGAUCAGGAGAAACAUCACACUUCUCUCAGGAAACUGUGUUGAAGUGUCACCUGGGGUUUGCCAAGAGAUAUGGUGGCUUGUUAUUACUAUCCUGGCUGUGAUGCUGAAAUACUGUUCAUGUAUCUAAGGGGGUUGGGUCUUGGUAACCAUUUGUUGUUUUGUUUUACAAAUUAGUCCAAGAAGUAAUGCCCGAAGAUGCAACUAAGAAAAUGUAAUAAACGGUACAGAAUG